AUGGUACAAUAUAAUAUUCAAGAAAAUCAACAACUUCGAAUUUUUGGACCAUUUUUUGCUACAAUGUUAUUAACAAUUGUUGUUUGGGUAUAUAUGUACAUUCGACGUAUUCAUUUUAUUAGUUCAAUGAAUCUUCGACCAGAACAACUUAUACGUCCUGGUGAACUAGCACGAAUAUCACCUCCUGCUGUAUCAAAUCCAUCAGAUAAUCUAAAAAAUUUAUUUGAAGUACCUGUAUUGUUUUAUGCACUUGCAAUAUACUUAUAUAUAACGAAACAAGUGGAUACCACAUAUGUUGUUGCUGCAUGGAUUUUCUUUGUAUUUCGAGUAUUACAUAGUUCUAUUCAUUGUACGUUUAAUGCAAUCUAUCUUCGGUUUUAUUGUUAUUUGUUUUCUUGUUUGGCUUUAUUUCUUAUGCUUUUUCGUGCCGUAUUGAUACAUUGUUUUUCAUAA